AUGGAGCGGCUCAUCCUCACCCAUCUCCGCUCCGUGGUCAGCCCCACCCUGGACCCGCUGCAGUUCGCCUACAGACCCAACAUCGGAGUAGAGGACGCCGUCAUCUACUUCCUGCAGCGGACGCUCUCCCACCUGGAGCCUGCAGGGGGCGCUGAGGAGGUGAGGGACAGGAGGCCCCUGGACUCUGUGGAGGAGGUGAGGGACAGGAGGCCCCUGGACUCUGUGGAGGAGGUGAGGGACAGGAGGCCCCUGGACUCUGUGGAGGAGGCGAGGGACAGGAGGCCCCUGGACUCUGUGGAGGAGGUGAGGGACAGGAGGCCCCUGAACUCUGUGGGGGAGGCGAGGGACAGGAGGCCCCUGGACUCUGUGGAGGAGGUGAGGGACAGGAGGCCCCUGGACUCUGUGGAGGAGGUGAGGAACAGGAGGCCCCUGGACUCUGUGGAGGAGGCGAGGGACAGGAGGCCCCUGGACUCUGUGGAGGAGGUGAGGGACAGGAGGCCCCUGGACUCUGUGGAGGAGGUGAGGGACAGGAGGCCCCUGGACUCUGUGGAGGAGGUGAGGGACAGGAGGCCCCUGGACUCUGUGGAGGAGGUGAGGGACAGGAGGCCCCUGGACUCUGUGGAGGAGGUGAGGGACAGGAGGCCCUUGGACUCUGUGGAGGAGGUGAGGGACAGGAGGCCCCUGGACUCUGUGGAGGAGGUGAGGGACAGGAGGCCCCUGGACUCUGUGGAGGAGGUGAGGGACAGGAGGCCCCUGGACUCUGUGGAGGAGGUGAGGGACAGGAGGCCCCUGGACUCUGUGGAGGAGGUGAGGGACAGGAGGCCCCUGGACUCUGUGGAGGAGGUGAGGGACAGGAGGCCCCUGGACUCUGUGGAGGAGGUGAGGGACAGGAGGCCCUUGGACUCUGUGGAGGAGGUGAGGGACAGGAGGUGCUAG